GAGGCGGCGCUCAGUCAAGCAGGCCCCGCCUCUUCCUCGAGACCACGCUCGGUUGUGCCGUUGGAUCGAGGAGGAGUGCGGUUGGAGUGCUUAAGGCUCUCGGCCGCGAUGAUCUGACAGAUGAAAUAAGGAAAAAAACGACAGCGAAGGCGGCCGCCGUCCCUCCGACAGACCAUGUUCCCCAAAGGCAAAGGCACCCCGGUGCCGUCGGACAGCCAGGCCCGAGAGAAGUUGGCUCUUUACGUCUAUGAGUAUUUGUUGCAUAUAGGAGCUCAGAAGUCUGCACAGACCUUUUUAUCAGAGAUCCGAUGGGAGAAAAACAUAACGCUGGGAGAACCCCCGGGGUUCCUCCAUUCCUGGUGGUGUGUUUUCUGGGACUUGUAUUGUGCUGCACCUGAGAGGAGAGAGACAUGUGACCACUCCAGUGAAGCCAAGGCCUUCCAUGAUUAUAGCGCAGCAGCAGCCCCCAGCCCCGUGAUGGGAGGGAUGCCCCCUGGGGAGGGAAUGCCGGGAGGGCCUAUGCCUCCAGGAUUCUUCCAGGGUCCUCCUGGUCCUCAGGGCUCUCCUCACCCCCAGCCUCCUCCCCCUAACAGUAUGAUGGGACCCCACAGUCAGUCCUUCAUGUCGCCUCGCUUUGCUGGAGGACCGAGAGGCCCCCCCAUGAGGAUGGCUAACCAGCCCCCGGGGGGAGGUCCGGGUCCCCAUCCCAUGUUACCCAACAUGGACCCCACACGGCAAGGCCAUCCUACCUUGGGGCAAAUGCAGAGGAUGGGUGGCCCCCGAGGCAUGGGGCCCAUGGGGCCUGGCCCUCAGAGCUUCGGUGGAGGCAUGAGGCCCCCACACAACAGCAUGGGCCCCGGGAUGCCAGGAGUCAACAUGGGUCCUGGAACCGGCCGACCGUGGCCCAAUCCCAACAAUGCCAACUCUAUGCCUUACUCAUCACCCUCUCCCGGCGCCUACGGGGGGCCCUCUGGAGGUGGGGGUCCUCCAGGAACUCCCAUCAUGCCUAGCCCUGCAGACUCUAACAACUCUGGUGAUAACCUGUACACCAUGAUCAACACUGGACCUGGAAACCGAAACAAUUUCCCGAUGGGCCCCGGCUCCGAUGGGCCCCUGGGAGCCAUGGCUGGAAUGGAACCGCACCACAUGAAUGGAUCGCUAGGAUCUGGUGACAUGGAUGGAAUGAACAAGAAUUCUCCAAACAAUUUAAGUGGCAUUAGCAAUCCCCCUGGGACCCCGCGGGAUGACGGAGAGCUAAGUGGAAACUUCCUCCACUCCUUUCAGAGCGAGAACUAUUCUCCAACCAUGACGAUGAGCGUGUGAUUUUACCCCCUCAAGCCCCGCCCAGCAUUAUUGCCACCAUUCCAAGGAUCUGAACUCACACGGCCAAACACUUCAGCGCCAAAUCAGGGACACGCGCCAUUUCACCUCCACGCCAGAGCGCCGAUGGGAGGCGUCUUCGGCUCCUCCCCCCAAAAUGAAGGACAUCGUCUCCCAUUUCCCACAAUCCCACGGUGUGAUAAAACCAGCUUCUGAGGCGUUCAGGGCCUCUGCAGAAUCCUCCCCGCCCACUCACCGGUCUCCUCAGCGAACCAGAAAGAAAAGUUUACCUCUCGUGCAUUCUCGUGACGGCUGCGUGGUGGGGGGGCAGGAAGUGUCCGCUUUUGUCUCUUAACACUGGAGAGUGUGCUUAUGCAUUGUGAGCUUGGAAAGUCUUUGUUUUGUUUUAUCUUCGCCGUGCUUUCUUUCCCAAACGUUGGACGACAUAGGACUUUGACUCCACCUUUAAUAAUUAUUGUAUUACUCCUAAGCCCCGCCCCCCCAAUGUUUCUUUCACUGGUUAAGUUUUUCCUGCUUAAUAGGUGAAAAUAAGUGAAGGAAAGGUGGCUUUUAUUUUGAAAGUCUAUACCAGCAGACUGUCAAAAUAAAAGCCACGUUUCUGUAGGUGAAAAAAGGAACGAUUGUCUUUUAUUUCAAUGGCCAGCUGUCAAAAUAAAAGCCAUAUUUAUUUUACCUAAUUGAAAGAAUAAGUGUUGGGCUUUUAUUUUGAUAGUUUACUAUCACAUAAAUGCUUUAUUUCUUUCACUGAAGUGAAAAAAAUAAUUCCAUCUUUUAUUGUGAUAGCCUACUGUCAAAGUAAAAGCCAUAAUUAUUUUAUGAAUUAAAUGAAUAGGUGACAGGCUUUUAUUGUGGUGGUCCACUUUCAAAAUAAAAGCCAAAUUUCUCUCCUGGAGUGAAAGAAUAAGUGGCAAACCUUUUAUUGUGAUGGUAUGCUGUCAAAAUAAAAGCUGUAUUUCUUUCAUCCAAUUAAAAUGAUUAGUGGCAUACUUUUAUUGUGAAAGUCUGCCGACAGGCGUUUGUGUCGACGGUCUGCUGUCAAAAUAAAAGCCUUAUUUCUUUCACUUAAAUAAAAGAUUGAGUGAAAGACUUUUAUUGUGAAGGUGUGCUAUCAAAAUAAAAACAAUAAUUUCACAGAAGUGAGAAAAUUUAAAGAUAGACUUUUAUUGUGAUGGCCCACUGUCAAAAUAAAAGCCUUAUUUCUUUCACCAAAUAAAAAGAAUAGGUGACAGACUUCUAUUGUGAUAGUCUGAUAUCAAAAUAAAAGCCAUAUUUUCUUCGCUUAACAAAAUAAGUGACAGGCUUUUAUUGUGACAUCUGCUAUCAAAAUAAAAGCAAUUUCUUUCACUGAAGUUAAAGAAAAAAUGACACUUUCAUUGUGACAGCCCACUGUCAAAAUAAAAGCCUUAUUUCUUUCACCAAAUAAAAAGAAUAGGUGACAGACUUUUAUUGUGAUAGUCUGAUGUCAAAAUAAAAGCCAUAUUUUUGUCUAAUUAAUAAAAUGAGUGACAGGCUUUUGUGACAACUGUCAAAAUAAAAGCCUAAUUUCUUUCACCUAAAUAAAAAAAAAAAAUAAGUGACAGACUUUUAUUGUGGCAGUCUGCUAUCAAAAUAAAAGCCAUUUCUUUCACAGAAGUGAAAGAAUGAAUGACAGACUUUUAUUGUGACGGCCCGCUGGUGGUUCCACAGGGUCACCUCGGUGACCGGUUAGCGACGUGGACCGCUUCCAUCGGCACGGCCGGACCGCCGCCGUGCGCCGGCGAGGGGAGCCAUACGAAGCGAGUGCAUGAGUGCUGAGGAUCUGUGUACAACAUACUACCUAGUGCUGCUCUUCUGUAUGGACACCUGCUUUAAGACGUGGCGUGACCCUUGACCUGCCUGUGCUUGACCCUCGUGGCCCUCCGUGUUUCAGUUCGGCCGUUUUCAUCCUUCACGAUGGUUGUUCGUACUUCCUCCUGUACCGCCCCUUACCCCCGCCCACCCAUAUAUUUUUUAUAUUUUGAUACAGACUUUGACUACAUAUAUUUGCCCCAGUUACCCAGCGAGUCAAAGCUUUUUAAACUGAUUCUAGUAGGCAUCAAUAUUAACUUAGCAGCAGUCUUGUAAAUGUGAUGAAGAUUUGUUUCAUUUUUCCUGUGAACAUUAUACACAUCUGUCCUAUGUUGCCUUUAUUUGCUGAUAUUUUUUUUAUUUUAAAUUGAGGAAAGAUUGCUUGUUAAUAUAAUUUUACAAUAACUUA